GCCCACUUUACCAAUGCCCGGAUUGACCUGCUGUAGGGUCCAUACAUUGCUCAUAAAAGACCCUUUGCCAGCAAAUUCAUCGAUGGAUCCUCCUACCUCCUCCCUUCAACUUUACUCUCCAAUCUCCCAAUUCCACCUAUUACCGCCAUAAUGUCUAACGAACACACCAAGAAGACAUACACCCUCAACACCGGUGACAAGAUCCCCGCCAUCGGUCUGGGAACUUGGCAAUCCAAGCCCAAUGAGGUCCGCGAGGCUGUCAAGAAUGCCCUGCUGAAGGGUUACCGCCACAUCGACACAGCUCUGGCCUACGGCAACGAAGCCGAGGUUGGUGCUGGUAUUCGCGACUCGGGCGUGCCCCGUGAACAGAUCUGGCUUACCACCAAGCUGGACAACACUUGGCACCACCAGGUUGAGAAGGGCAUUGAGUCUUCUCUUAAGGAUUUGGGUGUUGAUUAUGUCGAUUUGUACUUGAUGCACUGGCCUAGCUCGACUGAUCCUGAGGAUAAGUCUAAGCAUUUGCCUGACUGGAACUUUAUCAAGACAUGGCAAGAACUCCAAAAACUCCCCGCCACAGGCAAAGUCCGCAACAUCGGCGUCUCCAACUUCGGCAUCAAAAACCUCGAAAUCCUCCUCAACGACCCCUCCACCAAAAUCAUCCCCGCCGUCAACCAAAUCGAGCUCCACCCCAACAACCCCUCCCCCAAACUAGUCGCCUACAACACCUCCAAGGGCAUCCACUCCACCGGCUACUCCUGCCUGGGCUCAACCAACUCCCCACUCUACAAGGAUCCGACGCUGUUGUCGCUUGCCGAGAAGAAGGGCAAGACGCCGCAGCAGGUGCUCCUGGUGUGGGGUAUUCAGAAGGGGUGGAGUGUUAUUCCCAAGUCUGUGAGCAAGGCACGGAUUGAUGGGAACUUUGAGAUUGAUGGGUGGAGCUUGGAGGAGGAGGAGGUGAAGCAGUUGGAUGGGUUGAAGGAUCGGUUCAAGGUUUGUGGGGAUGCUUGGUUGCCUAUUAAGGUUUUCUUUGGGGAUGAUGAGUAGAGUAGAAGAGGGCGGAUAAGACGUGUUGAUUAUGGGUUUUAUGAAUGAUAGAGAAUGAAAAGAGAUUCUGAUAGAAG